GGGAGCGCGCGGCCGGCCGCAGUCACGCCGCCGUCGGGAGAGCCAGCCAGCGCCCGAGCGCAGACGCGCCCGCCAUGAGGGAGAUUGUGCACAUCCAGGCGGGCCAGUGCGGGAACCAGAUCGGUACCAAGUUUUGGGAAGUGAUCAGCGAUGAGCACGGCAUCGACCCGGCCGGAGGCUACGUGGGCGACUCAGCGCUGCAGCUGGAGAGGAUCAGCGUCUACUACAAUGAGUCAUCGUCUAAGAAGUACGUACCCAGGGCUGCUCUGGUGGACCUGGAGCCCGGCACCAUGGACAGUGUGAGGUCUGGGCCUUUUGGGCAACUCUUCCGGCCUGACAACUUCAUCUUUGGACAGACGGGUGCCGGGAACAACUGGGCCAAGGGCCACUACACGGAGGGUGCGGAGCUGGUGGACUCGGUGCUGGAUGUGGUGCGCAAGGAGUGUGAGCACUGCGACUGUCUGCAGGGCUUCCAGCUCACGCACUCGCUGGGCGGUGGCACGGGCUCUGGCAUGGGCACACUGCUCAUCAGCAAGAUCCGAGAGGAGUACCCGGACCGCAUCAUGAACACCUUCAGCGUCAUGCCGUCACCCAAGGUCUCAGACACCGUGGUGGAGCCCUACAAUGCCACACUGUCGGUGCACCAGCUGGUGGAGAACACGGAUGAGACCUACUGCAUCGACAACGAGGCCCUCUAUGACAUCUGCUUCCGCACGCUCAAGCUGACCACACCCACUUACGGGGACCUCAACCACUUGGUAUCUGCCACCAUGAGCGGGGUCACCACAUCACUGCGUUUCCCUGGCCAACUCAAUGCUGACCUGCGCAAGCUGGCUGUGAACAUGGUGCCCUUCCCGCGCCUGCAUUUUUUCAUGCCCGGCUUCGCUCCCCUCACAGCCCGGGGCAGUCAGCAGUACCGUGCCCUGACAGUGCCUGAGCUCACACAGCAGAUGUUUGAUGCCAAGAAUAUGAUGGCUGCCUGUGACCCACGCCAUGGCCGCUACCUGACCGUCGCCACCGUCUUCCGGGGCCUCAUGUCCAUGAAGGAGGUGGAUGAGCAGAUGCUGGCCAUCCAGAACAAGAACAGCAGCUACUUUGUGGAGUGGAUCCCCAACAACGUCAAGGUGGCCGUGUGUGACAUCGCACCACGGGGCCUGAAGAUGGCCUCUACCUUCAUUGGCAACAGCACUGCCAUCCAGGAGCUGUUCAAGCGCAUCUCGGAGCAGUUCUCGGCCAUGUUCCGCCGCAAGGCCUUCCUACACUGGUUCACCGGCGAGGGCAUGGAUGAGAUGGAGUUCACCGAGGCCGAGAGUAACAUGAAUGACCUGGUGUCCGAGUACCAGCAGUACCAGGAUGCCACGGUCAAUGAUGGGGAAGAGGCUUUUGAAGAUGACGAUGAAGAAGAGAUCAACGAAUAGGGAGCCCUAACAUGCUACAGUGCACAUCUGCUCUUAGCCCUGAUGGUGUGGGAAUGGUGCCCUGGUCUAAGCAUGUCACAGGCCCCUCUUGAGCCAAAUGCACCACACUGUUCCCCGUGUUACCUGGAACAGAGAACUUUCCUUUACCAGAGAAUUGGUAGUCCCAGCAGACCAGGGAGAUUUUCUAGAGGAACACUGAAAGCAAAGUAGGGGGCUAUACAGGGCUAAAGAAAGUGACCACCUUUUAUUAAGCCCCCUUCCCACCCCAAUCAGAGUUAGCAGGGGAGUUAGAAUAGAGAUUUGGUUUUUAUCCUUGGUGAUAAAAACUAAAGCCACAGUGUUGCCUUAACUGAAUACACAUUAUGGAACUUUAUGACAAUCCAUUCAUAAUAAAAUGCUAAACCUGC